AUGGCAAAAAGGUUUACGAAAAGUGCCAUAAACUGGACUGAAUUCGAAAAACGAGUUCCAAUAGAUCAGAGGACCAAAUUCUUAGCAUUUAAAGCGAAGGCGGAAAUGUAUUUGCGACGAGUACAGGCAAAUCCGCCUGAACCACCAAAAAUAAAUUGGGAGGAAUAUCAAAAAAUAGUACCAGUGGAAGGAUUUGUUGAAAAAAUGAAAACAGAAUAUUUGGGAUUUCAGGUUCCUUAUCCUAAAGAUACAUUCACUGCGAAGGUCGAUGAACAAUGGAAGAGUUUGGAACCAAAAAUAAAAGAGUUUUGUGCAGAGAGGCAGAAGGAUAUAGAUACGGCACAAAAGGAAAUAAAUAGAAUAAAAGCAUUACCGAAAUUUGAAGAUAUGACGAUGGAGAUGUUCUACGACAUGUAUCCAAAAGACGCGUUAGAUCCUGUUAAUCGACCUACAUUCUGGCCUCACACUCCCGAAGAACAGCCUGGCUAUUUAACUCCCGAGCAAAAAGCAAUGAAAAAGGGAGGCCAUUAGAAAGGGCUAGGUUUAAAGUAUAAUAAAAUUCUGAAAGGAAAUAACAUUGUUAUACGCAAAUAUAAUAAUUUAUACCCAUUACAUAGAUCGUAA